AAGAGAUUGUUGGAGUGGGGGAAAGGGUGGCAUGCGGCUGUCCCUGCGAUUUUGUUAGGCAUGAGAGCCAGCCCUAACAAGACUACACAGCUCAGCCCUUUUGAGGUAAUGACAGGUCGCUACAUGCGGCUGCCCUGGGAUGCCCCCUUGCAACACGAGGGACCAUCCAGGCCUUUGAAAGACACUUUACAAAAUUAUCUGAAAGCUUUGGAUGACAGUCUGCGAGACACACGGGUUAGUGUUAGCACACGACAAGCAGAUCGAGAUAAUGUUGAGCAAAAAGACAUGCCUGCUUUGCCUGAAAUAGGUGACAAUGUAAUGUUACAGCGGGAGAUCGUUUCCCCCUUAGGUCCGAAAUUUGAUGGGCCUUAUCAGGUGGUAUUGACCACUAACACCUCUGUUCUACUGGACAGGGGGGUUUUGGGUACCGUAUGGAGACAUUGGUCACAGGUGAAACCACUUGAAAAGUGUAACAACUUAUUACCUCGGGAUCAUUAAAUGUCUGUCGUGUAUGUUAAAAUUCUAGAAUUCUAGAACAAAUGUUUUAUCAUUACAGAUGGCUGAAUCCGACAACAUACUGAAGCUGCUAAUUCUUCAAGAAGAAGUGCGUAGUGAGAGACGACUGAAAGUGAAACGAGCUUUCAUCCGAUUGGUACUUCUGCUCUCGUUGGUAUUUUUAAUUCUGAUCGCUUUAUCAUUUUUGAUGUGGAUUCAAAUUUCAAUUUGGACAGGGAGAUUCCAUGCGUUUUCAACUCAUUGGGAUUGCGAGGAGAUCGAUAACCAUCCAUCAUGGGUACAAUACCCAUGUCUAAAUUCAACUGAGGGUCUAAAUUUAAUUCCGACCAUGUACCAAAAGGUAAAUGAUAGUUGUUAUCGUCUGGACGGAAAUGAGACAGUGACCUAUUGGCUUGGUCACUCCCCAAAUUAUCCCGAUACUACCCUCAUUAUGCAAAAAGGUCGGUGGAUGAGGAGUGGAGGCGUUGACCUGUUUGAAGGAGAUUUCAGUUCAAUGAGCUGGAUCCCUGACCACAUAGCUCAUGAAAACAUGAGUGCAUGCUCUAUACGAAUGGAUAUGGUUAAUUGAUAUUUGUUAAAAUCUAGAAAAGGUGAGAGUAGAGCAGAACGAAGGAGGCGUCAGGUAGCAGAUGUGAAUGACUCCCACAUGAUUUUAGGUGGAAAAGCAGUGAAACUUCCGUUAUACCCAAGUGCUCCUGAUCCUCGCCACAUCAUGUCAUACUAUCUUCCCAAAGCUAAGAAUGAACUUGGUUACAACAAAGUCGUUAAAGAUGUAGCCCAAAGCUAUAUAUACAGCAAUAUUGUGAUUAGAGAAGAACCGGGGUCUGAUGAGUAUCAAACAGCAAUAAAUGAUAAGGAUUUGAUGAGAUGGGGAGUGUUAGUCCCAACUAAAUGCCACAUGAUCCGAUGGGACACUAAUAGGGCUUACGGUGCAGUCUGUGAUAGGUUAGGAUGGAUAGAUAAAACUGACAAGGACAAGUUCGAUCUGAAUGGCAGUAAAAAUGGUUUGCCUGCUAUUAAUGCUUUGUCCCUCUCUUGGCCCAGGUACACUAGAUUCGAUGACCCUUGGAAGGAGACUGCACAUGUUGAGCGUUGUUUAGGUAAAGAAAUUCAACAGUGGUCCGAUGUAGCUAUUGGAGAUGAGUGGUUUGACAGGGCAAAACAAUUUAGACAAUUUCUGAGUCCAAUUCCUUCAGUACAGGAAAUCAGAGAUCUAGAGUCUAAGACUCCAUCAGAGGACUGUGCUAAACACAGGUUGACACACCCCAUGGGUCCUGCAUGGCGUCCAGUUGAUAAGAGUAAGAAGGCUAACGAAGCAGAGCUGUCUCUUUGUGUUGCAGAGUUGAAGCAGAAGACUGAAUAUUUUCCUCGGUUGAAGGCGCAAACAGCUGGGCAGAAAUUUAUCACUGCAUUUCUGGAACAGAUAAAAACUAAUGAUCCAUUUGCAGGUUAUGAGUAUUUGAAUUCUCUAUGGCUUAAAUCUAAGGGCACUCCAUGGUAUACUGAUUCGGAACCUCCGUCUGCUAUAGCAGUAGCAUUGGUUUUGGCUUUUUCGGUAGGAGCAAUAUUUACUGACAUGACGGAAACAGUGGAGGAAUAUGUGGAGGAAGCUUGGGAGGAGUUUGUGGCUGCGUCAGAGGAUUUGGUCAUGGGAGCUGUUAAAUAUGUGUUAUAUGCUUUUGGAGCUCUUUUGGGAGUGGGUGUCCUCUGUCUGUGUGUGUGGAUGUGUGUUCGUUUCUGUUUUUCUUAUGUAUGCAGGUCUGUUUGCAGUAACUUGAACCCUUUCGAGGAGGAGAACCGACUGAGAAAACUGACGACACGCUUGAAAGAGAAACUUCAGAAGGAUAACAUCCAUGCCCUGUUGUGAGUGGAAGGUGGGAGAGCCUUCGCGUGGGGACUGGGAAUUUUUAGUAUCCAGCAUGUCCGCAAUGAGGCGAAGAGACAAGUGUGACCCGUCAGAGAAGCAUGCGUUACCACUCCACCUUCCGUAGUGACCUCACUUGGUAGACCAGACGUGGCGGUAUUGGACCCCACAUUGGUCUAAAACGGGGGACUGAAGGUCUCUUUUAGGAACAUUCCAGAGUCUCUCUGUCCUGCACGUCGGCUGAAGGUCUUUUGGGGGAUAAGCUUAUUUGUGACGCUCUCCAGCCUCUCAGGGGAGGGGGUCAGGGGGAAUGCGUUAAACAUGUGUUCCAGA